AAAACAAACACAGUAAAUUUCAAUUUUCCCCAAUCUCUUCAAGCACACUAUCUCCUUCUCUCACGACCUUUUGGAUUGUAAAUUUUCCCCAAUUCAUGAACCCUAAUUUCCAAAAAAGUUAAUUUCUUUCCAUUUAUCGAUUUCAAUCGCCGAUUUCCUUUAGGUGUAUUUUCUCCCUGUUUCACUGACAUUUCUGACCCGGACGCUGCCGAUCUGAGAGUUUGGUGAGUCAUAGCUCGGGAAAUCUACGACGGCGUCGAUGGAAGAUCACGGAUAUUGAGAAAUUCUGUAGAGGCAUGCGCAGACGUCCCUGACCUGGCCCGGAUAAGGAUUAAUCGAGGCGAGGAAGAAAUUGUACGGAUUUCCAGAGGAAUAGUGUAUCUGCAGCUGUAGGUGGGAUAACGGAUUUUGGUGGCGCAUAAUGAUGGUUGUAAGAGUGGAAAUGUAAGUGUGCUGUGUCUGCGGGGAUAAUUUUGUUCAGACUGAGAAUAGUAGUUGAGCUGAGAUAGUCUGGUAACCUAAGCGAGAUAGAAAAUGGACGAGUUCGAUAGUGGCGGCCGCGGCAGCAGAGGCAGCGACAGAGGGGGGGAAGCUGAGGAUGAGGGGAGCACUCCCCUCCCGGAAAAGGUCCAGGUUGGUGGUUCUCCUGCAUAUCGGGUUGGGAGAAAACUAGGGAAAGGGGGAUUCGGACAAGUGUAUGUGGGUCGCCGAAUCAACCCUCCAAUCCCGCAUGAAAGAAUAGGUCCUGGAGCUUUAGAGGUUGCUUUGAAAUUCGAGCAUCGGAGUAGCAAAGGCUGUAAUUAUGGACCACCCUAUGAGUGGCAAGUCUACAAUGCCCUUGGUGGAAGUCAUGGCAUACCACGUGUACACUACAAGGGACGUCAAAGUGACUACUAUAUUAUGGUUAUGGAUAUACUUGGCCCUAGUCUGUGGGAUGUCUGGAAUAACAAUUCCCACACAAUGUCCAUAGAAAUGGUGGCAUGCAUUGCAAUUGAAGCUAUCUCCAUUUUAGAGAAGUUGCACUCUAGAGGAUAUGUGCACGGAGAUGUAAAGCCAGAGAACUUUUUGCUUGGUCCACCUGGAACUGUGGAUGAGAAAAAACUUUUCUUGGUGGAUCUUGGCCUGGCGACCAGUUGGCGUGAUAAUUCUACUGGUCUUCAUGUUGAUUACGAUCAACGCCCAGAUGUGUUUAGAGGAACUGUCCGUUAUGCUAGUGCUCAUGCCCAUCUUGGAAGAACUGGUAGCCGCAGGGAUGAUCUGGAGUCCCUUGCAUACACACUCGUUUUUCUUCUCCGAGGUCGGCUUCCUUGGCAAGGAUACCAGGGUGAAAAUAAAGGCUUUCUUGUUUGCAAAAAGAAGAUGUCGACCUCUCCAGAAUCUCUUUGUGGCUUUUGUCCUGUACCAUUUAGGCAGUUUGUGGAGUAUGUUGUUAACUUAAAGUUUGAUGAGGAGCCUAGCUAUGCUAAAUAUAUAGCCCUGUUUGAUGGGAUAGUUGGUCCAAAUCCUGAUAUCAGGCCAAUAAAAACUGAAGGUGCUCAGAAGCUUGUAUAUCAAGUGGGACAAAAAAGGGGACGGCUUAUGAUGGAUGAUGAUGAUGAAGAACAACCAAGGAAAAAGGUUCGCAUGGGUUUGCCUGCAACACAAUGGAUUAGCGUGUAUAAUGCUCGACGGCCAAUGAAGCAAAGAUAUCACUACAAUGUUGCGGAUGUGAGACUUUCUCAGCAUAUUGAUAAAGGAAAUGAAGAUAGGCUAUUUAUCAGCGCUGUGGCAUCAUGUUCAAACCUCUGGGCCUUAAUAAUGGAUGCAGGGAUUGGCUUUACUAAUCAAGUUUAUGAGCUGUCACCUUUAUUCCUUCACAAGGAAUGGAUUAUGGAACAAUGGGAUAACAACUAUUAUAUCAGUGCAAUUGCUGGGGCUAAUAAUGGGAGCUCAUUGGUAGUUAUGUCUAAGGGUACCCAGUAUCUGCAGCAAUCAUAUAAAGUUAGCGAGUCUUUUCCAUUUAAGUGGAUCAACAAGAAAUGGAGAGAGGGUUUCUAUGUUACUGCAAUGGCUACUGCAGGAAGUAAAUGGGCAAUUGUUAUGUCUCGUGGGGCUGGGUUUUCUGAUCAAGUGGUGGAAUUAGACUUUCUUUAUCCAAGUGAAGGUAUUCAUAAGAGGUGGGAUGCUGGAUAUCGUAUCACAUCAACUGCAGCAACAUGGGAUCAAACUGCUCUUGUUCUUAGUGUUCCAAGAAGGAAACCUGUGGAUGAAACACAGGAGACUCUUCGAACUUCUGCUUUUCCAAGCACACAUGUCAAGGAGAAAUGGGCCAAAAAUCUAUAUAUUGCAUCUGUCUGCUAUGGGAGAACUGUAUCCUGAGGCGUGAGAAUAAUGCUGAGAAAUAUUUAGAGGACUUAAAGAGGAUUGGCAGUUACUCAUUUUGUUACGAGCAAAUUUUGUUGUCUCAUUGGAGAACCAGGAUCCCUUUUUCUUCUGCUGCUCUGAUCUGGUUGCAGCUACUGGCAGUUUGAUAAAGGAGAUUUGAGGUGCAUCAACAACUUCAUGACCUCCGAAACUGCAGCUCAUUGCCCCUGCAUUUCUUCUACUAACAUUGGAUUCUUGUAAUUUUAUGAUCCCACUCUUUUUAUUAGGUGCAGCUAGCAGGCUCCCGGUCAAAACUCUCCUGCUGAUUUGGCAGUUUAGUAAUAUGUUAUCGUUCACACAGGUAAAAUUGUAUUUCCUAUGUUCAUGAGAUGAGUGUGGAUUCCGUAUGGCAAAAAGGAAAGGAUGUUAUGUUUAGACCCUAUUUCUUGAUGAUGCUGUCUGUUGUGUUGCCCAGUCUCUGUAGUUUUUACUGUGGAUGCCUAGCAAUUACUCAUGAAUAUUCAAGGGUUGGAUUAUUUGUUUGAUUCUUUUAUGCAUUUAUAUAUUGAUCAUUUGCAUUUGGCUAGUGUCUUGUUUGGGUUAUAGUGAUCUGCAAUCUUAUGCUAAUAUUUUCACAUGACUAAGGGCAGAGUAGCCCUGAAAUAGUUUGUGAUCAUGGUGUCAGCUUUACCGACUUCCCCUCGCUCGCCCCUUACAGUCCUUGUGGAAGGGCUCACACCCGUCCCCAGUGAAUUUCGGUUUGUCCUCAGUUUUAGCAUUGAUUUUCAUUCACUGAUAAUUCUAUCAUUAACUUGCUUCGUUUUUUCAGAUCGUUUGAGCAAUACUUAACAAGACAGCCAACUGCUGCUGAAGUUUCUGCGGCGUUUUCAUGUGAAACCUAUUUAAGGUAUAAAGAAAGCAUUUUGUGAAUAAUGUUGCUGUUCUACACCUUUUGUGAAUAUUCAUAGUUUUAAUCUUCACCCUUUGACUUUCUUAUUAA